AUGCGCUGGCUAUCUACCUUUCUUGCCCUGGCAUUAACAGGUGCAUUGCAGGCGAAUGCUCUGGAAGCUUCAAUUUUCAGUCUCUCACCGAGAUCCUCAGGAAUCAACAAUGCCAAUGCUAAGCAGCAAAGACUGACUGAAGAAGAGGCUCAACUUGUCUUGGAGCUCCGCAUGAAGUCGUCUGUCGCAUCAGUCCUUGGAAUGGUGGAUACAGACACCGUGCAUCGCCUGAAUCAGUUUGCUAAAGCCGAUUUUACUCUAUUUGGAGGAUCUAGCAGCGAUGAAGCCCCUGGAAGAAGUGUAUUUAUUCUAGAAGGGGUGGAUGAACGAGUUGCCAUGACUCUGCACAAAGUACAACCAAACCACAUCUUUGUCCCUCAAAUAUCCACGACAUUCAUGGGGGCGGAUCUCAUGGGAUCAUUCAUCGAAAGCACACCCACCGUGACAGCUGACCGUGGUCAAUACUGCGCAUACUACGAUAAUGAUGCCAGCAAAUCUACAUCAGUCAAACCCCAGACCGCCAGAGAGUGCCUGUCCAAGGAUCCUUUGGCCCGCGAUUCCGAACUUCUUAACCAGGAUUUCCUUAAACUUGUUGACUCAGUGGAAACUUGGGCAAGUAAGAGUCAAGAGAACUCGGCUUUGAAGCUUUCUUUCAAGACCGAUUCGGGUGACUCCCUUCUUGCGAGUAAAACUCUGCAGUCGUUGAUUCGCCAACUGGCCCAGACUUCGUCAACCGGUGAGCGCGAAAUCACAGCUAUCAUUCUACCUCGUGGCCUCCAGUCAAAGCCACUUAGCCGCCAGGAUGUGAACCAGCAAUCUGGAUCCAUAGCAAAGCAGGAUACAUUCAAACGGUCUACACAACCGUUACAGUCAACCCUGGCACCUGUCUGUCACGCUUCAAAUUCAUCAUGUGCCGAAGCCACCAACAAUUGUUCUGGACACGGCUCUUGUUACUUGAAGUAUGGUUCAGGCGUUGAAGGAACCACUGGCAACUGUUAUGCGUGCCAAUGUCAACAAAGUGUCAUUAGGAACAGUGAUGGCACUACCAAAACAGUCCAGUGGGGUGGCUCGGCUUGCCAAAAGAGAGAUAUCAGCUCACCGUUCUUUCUUGUUGCGGGUGUCAGUCUUCUAGCCAUUGUGCUGGUCGGCAGUGCUAUUGGAAUGCUCUUUAGCAUGGGCUCGCAGGAACUGCCCAGCGUCAUUAGCGCUGGUGUAGGGGCUCCCAAGACGCAGAUGUGA